AUGCCAUCGGUUAGUAAUUCUCGCACGAAUACACGUGCUGAAGAAGUUGCAAAAAAACUUAAAGGCAUUGAACGAUACAAUCCCAAUUGUCGUCCAAUGCUUGAAGAAUACGUUCAAUAUCAAAUUGAAAAUCGCUUCUAUGAUUUUGAUGCAAAUAUGGCUCUAUUAAAAAUGUAUCAAUUCGAUCCAAGUUAUUUUCAAGCUGAUAAAGUUGCAGAUAUUCUUCUUUUGGCUUUAACUAAUUUACCGAAACCAGACUUUUUACUCUGCAAAUAUUUACUUGACACACAAAAAUGUCAAGAAAAUCCACGUAUUGUGGAAACUUUGCAAUUCGCUGAAUUACUUGAAUCGUGUCGGUUUCAAGAUUUUUGGGAACAAUUGGAACGCGCCUCGGUGAGAAUUCCAGGCUUUGAAGAUCGUAUUCGAGAUUUUAUUUGCCAAACAAUAAAUCGAACAUAUCAAACAAUCAAUCGACAGGAAUUACAAUCAGCAUUAGGUCGUCUUUACAGUAACAAUGAGUUUGAAGCGUUGAUUAAAGCUCGUGGAUGGAAAGGAGCUGCUGAUGAUGUCAAUUUUAUUUGGAUUGCUAAUCACGAGGAAAAUAUCAAGUCUCGAAAUAUAGUAGAAAAAAUUAAAUUUGAACAUGUUGCACCAGUCAUGAAUAUUAUCUAG